GACGACGACGCGCGCGAUGGGCGCCGACGACGACGCGACGCACGCGCACGCCGCGGGCGGGAACAGGGACCACGACGACGCCCCGGACGAGGCCGCGGAGCGCUUGGUGAGCGAGGAGUACAAGAUUUGGAAGAAGAACACCCCGUUCCUGUACGAUCUCGUCGUGACGCACGCGCUCGAGUGGCCGUCGCUCACGGUGCAGUGGCUGCCGGAUCGAGUGGAACAUCCCGAUAAGGAUUACGCGUCGCAAAAGCUCAUCUUAGGGACGCACACGAGCGAACAUGAACAAAACUAUCUCAUGAUUGCCGAGGCGCAGCUGCCGCUGGAGAGCGCGGAGGUGGACGGGCGAGAGUACGACGACGAGAGCGGUGAGGCCGGGGGAUUCGGGAGCGGUGGUGCCAAGGUGAAGGUGGUGCAACACAUUAAUCACGAUGGGGAGGUGAAUCGCGCGCGAUACAUGCCGCAGAACUCCUUCGUGUUGGCGACGAAGACGGUGAGCGCCGACGUGUACGUCUUCGAUUACACCAAACACCCGAGCAAGGCGGACGCGGACAGUGGAUGCCAACCGAACAUUCGAUUGAAGGGACAUCUCACCGAAGGUUACGGGCUGAGCUGGUCGCCGUUUAAGAGCGGGCACUUGCUGAGCGGGAGCGACGACGCGCAGAUUUGCUUGUGGGACGUCACCGGGGGCGACGGCGCGAGAGAGCUCGACGCGCAGACGAUUUACAAAGGGCAUCUCAGCGUGGUCGAGGACGUGGCGUGGCACGCCAAGCACGAGCACAUGUUCGGGUCCGUGGGUGACGAUAAGCACUUGAUUCUGUGGGAUACACGCGCUGUGCCGGCGAGCGCGGCGGUGCUCGACAUCGAGGCGCACGACGCCGAGGUGAACUGCUUGUCCUUCAACCCGUACAACGAAACGUUGCUCGCGACCGGGAGCGCGGACAAGACGGUGAAUCUGUUCGAUAUCCGUAACACUAAGAAACCUUUGCACACGUUCGAGCACCACACCGAGGAGGUUUUCCAAAUCGGCUGGUCGCCGAAGAGCGAGACUGUGCUCGCGUCGUGCGGCGCCGACAGACGCAUGAUGAUUUGGGAUUUGAGUAAGAUUGGCGACGAACAGAGCCCCGAAGACGCCGAGGAUGGUCCUCCGGAGCUUUUGUUCAUUCACGGUGGUCACACGUCCAAGAUCAGUGACUUUAGCUGGAAUCAAAACGACGACUGGGUCAUCGCGAGCGUCGCCGAGGAUAACAUUUUACAAAUUUGGCAACCCAACGCCAACUGCGUCAACGCGGGCGGCGACGAUGAUAUGGAGUAA